AUGGAGAUUUCUCUCGCCCUAUCUUUCUUUGGAGGAAACUGCAAAGCUUUCUCUCUCUCUCUCUCUCUCUCUCUCUCUCUCGCGCGCGCGCGCGCUAUCCUCUUGUGUUGGAAAUUGCAAAGCUGUCUCUCUCUCUCUCACCCUCUCUCUCUCUCCCUCUCUCUCUAUCUCUCUUUCUCUCUCUCGCUCCCCCUAUCCUCUUGUGUGGGAAAUUGCAAAGCUUUCUCUCUCUCCCUCUCUCCCUCUUUCUCUCUCUCUCCCUCUUUCUUUCUGUUUCUGUCUCUCUCUGUCUGUCUCUCUCCCCCUAUCCUCCUGUCGUUAACCUAUCGGCUCAUAUUUAAUUUUUCCUUCUUUCCUUUUUUAUUCUCCUCCCCUCUCUCUCUCUCUCUCUCUCUCCCUCCCCUUUUUCCCUCUCUCCCCUCUCUCCCUCCCUCUUUCUCCCUCUCUCCCCUCCCUCUUUCUCCCCUCUCCCCUCUCUCCCUCCCUCCCUCUCCCUCUCUUCCCUCUCUCUCCCUCCCCUCCCCUCUCUCUCCCCUCUUUAUCCCCUCUCCCCUCUUUCUCCCCUCUCCCCUCCUCUCUCUUUUCACUUUUUCUCUGUCUUUCUGUCUUUCCUAA